ACUGAGCUGGAGAAAGAGGAAGAAGAUUGAAGAAAGCAAACACAAUUUAAGAAACCAAACCAGACCCAAGAAAAAAAAAAAAAAAAUCCAAACCCACCAGGCCUUUACUUUCCCAAACCCAAAACACAAGAAUUUUUAUUUUUUAUAAAAAAGAAUGAGAGAGAAAGAAGCAUAAAAAAGAGAGAGAGAAUGGAAAGGGGAGGGAAAAGUGGGGAAGGGGGAGCAGAAAAGGAGGAAAAUUUAGGAGAAAAGUUGAGGAGAGGGGUAUUGUUGGAAGGGAAAAGAGGGGGCCCUUGUACUCCAGUGCUCUCUUGGAGACUUUGGGCGCCUCCUACUGCCCAUGAUACCAUCAUUAGGAGCUACCCUUUUCACCAUCCUUCUGCUAGAAAGCUCGCCGCGGCUCUCUGGGAGUUUCAGCAGCUUUAUUUUCCACUCUCUCAAAUGCACCGCGGUGUCAGUAAUGCUGGUCCUGGGGCUGACUCUAGGCUGCGCCGCCACCAGCACCACUAUAAUAAGCUGAGAAAGGACAAGGGCCUGGAUCUUUCCCACUUCUUGGCUGAUAAUUCUACUAGUUCUCCUGACCAGCCGGGGAGUGCAAGCAGUUUGAGGAGGCAUGUUGCUGCAUCACUGAUGCAACAUCAUCGAUCAAUUGAAAGGAAUAAUCGCGCCCUGCAGCCUGUAUCUCCUGCAAGUUAUGGUAGUUCCAUGGAGGUGGCACCUUAUAACCCUGCAGUCACUCCUACUAGUUCUUUGGAUUUUAAGGGAAGGAUUGGUGACUCACAUUAUAAUCUUAAAACAUCUACAGAACUGCUCAAAGUAUUAAAUCGGAUCUGGAGCUUGGAAGAACAGCAUGCGUCCAAUAUGUCAUUGAUAAAAGCAUUUAAAAUGGAGUUGGAUCAAUCCCGUCACAAAAUCAAAGAGUUGCUUCGGGACAGGCAAGCUGGUCGACAUGAGAUGGAUGAUUUAUUGAAGCAAAUUGCAGAAGAUAAACUAGUUAGGAAGGGUAAGGAACAGGAACGAAUCCAUGCUGCAGUUCAGUCAGUGAGAGAUGAGCUAGAAGAUGAGAGGAAGUUAAGGAAAAGAUCAGAGAGCCUCCACAGAAAGUUAGCUCGGGAGCUUUCUGAGGUGAAAUCUUCUCUCUCUGUUGCUGUGAAAGAGCUGGAAAGGGAGAGAAAAUCAAGGACUUUGUUGGAAGACCUCUGUGAUGAGUUUGCUAGGGGAAUAAAAGACUAUGAACAAGAGGUCCAUGCUUUAAAACAGAAAUCUGACAAGGAUGGGACUCGAAGGGCUGAUCAAGAUCGUCUGAUUCUUCAUAUAUCUGAAUCAUGGCUUGACGAACGGAUGCAGAUGCAGCUAGAAGAAGCCCAGCAUGGUUUUGUGGAAAAGAACUCAAUAGUUGAUAAGUUAAGCCUUGAAAUAGAAACCUUCCUUCAAGCUAAACGCCUGGAUAACUCUAAAAGUAUGGAUAACCAGCUGUCGAGAGAUCGCCGCAAGUCACUUGAAUCUGUCCCUUUGAAUGAGGCUCUGAGUGCACCUCAGGACAUGGGUGAUGAAGAAGAUUCUUUAGGCAGUGAUUCACAUUGUUUUGAGCUGAACAAACCAAGCAACAAUGACUUAAAAUCACAUGGGGAUGAAGCUGCGGAUGGUCAUAUUGAUGAAGCAGUGAAAUCAAAUGAAAUGAAGAGAAGUUUCAUCUCUCAUCAACGGGUAAAAAGUCGUACUCCAUCCAGCUUUCAAGUUAAGUUUGAAGAGCAGAUGGCUUGGGCUAUGUCAUGCAAUGGAAAUAAGAAGUCCCAGGUAGUGGAUACAGAACAGGAUAAAACCACAGAAGCGAAGCCAGUUGAUGUAAGCAUUUCCCAGAAUUCUGAACAUCACGAAGCGACUGAAGACAGCAGUUACCAAAAUAGGAAUUUACAUGAUGAAAUCCAUGGGAUGAGUUCCAAUUACAUGGUUGAUAACCUAAUAAGCCAAUUUUCAUUGUCGGAUGGUGGGAACUUAAAUCCUGACAGUAAUUAUGGGGAGGCUUCCUGCAGUAACUCUGGAUGGAGGAAUCAGCCGAGUCCGGUACGACAAUGGAUGCCAAAACUAGCAUCCCCAGAUCUUGAUGUCUCUGAAUCUUCGAAAUUGCCUCCAGUCUUAAAGGAGAAUACUUUGAAGGCGAAGCUUCUUGAAGCAAGGUCAAAGGGUCCACGCUCACGUUUAAAAGCUUUCAAACGCUUCUCAUAGGUUUCCUGAAUUUACUGGUUUAGAGCUUAUGAAGGUUCUAAAAGCUUCCCACUAGGCUUAUGGGAGUGGAUGGGUCUGCCUAGCGGGCUGGGAAUUUGCAAUUUGUGAAUAUUGGCCAUGGUACCUUCUCUGAUUUUGGGAUGUCACUUUACUUUCAAAUGAUGAUAGUUCUGUUUUAUCUUUUGUAAUUUUGUAAUUCAAGCCUGUAUAUGAGUGUAAUGUUACUACAUAGCUACAUGGAUAAGAAGAAUUUCCAGACCGAUUACAA